GGGGUGGCGAGCAGCCGGAGGCGCGGCGGUCUUCGGGCCGCGCAGUGGCGCUCAGAGCGUGGUGCCGGCAACACAACCCCCCAGCAGCACCCAGGCCAGCCGCGCUCUGCGCCCAGCGCCACCGGUCGUGUCGCUAGACGAGUGUCGUGAGUGCCGCCCCCGAGAGGAUUACCUUGUUGGCAUGUAGCGCUCGGCGCUUGGACCGCCGCCCCCGGGCCCGGGCGGGAGGACGGUGACCAUCGUGGCCGACGACCCGUAGACAACAGAUUAGUGCUUGUGGCGAUGUUCCCCCGACGACGCUUCUUAACACCAUGAGCGACUGGCCGACCCCCGACUACGAUCCUCCGGAACCUGUGUUCAACAUCAGCCGGGGCGGCGCGGCCGGCGCGUGGUGGACGGCGGACUUCGUGUGGACGGCGGUGCAGGCGCUGGGCAUCGGGCUGGUCGGCGUGCUGGGCGUGGUGGUGAACGUGCUGUGCGCGCUCAUCUGGAGCGGGCGGCCCGCGCUGCGCAGCCACUCGACGCGCUACGUGUACAACAUGCUGGCCGCCAACCUGCUGUGCGCCGCGCUGCUCGCGCCCCUGGACGUGGUGGUGCUGCUGGUGGCGCCGCCGCUGCCGCCGCCGCCGCCGGACCUGCAGGCGGCCGCCGACCUGCUGUGGCCGAGCGCCGCCGUGGCCGCCGCCGCCGACCCCCAGGUGUCGGAGGGCGGCGGCGUGGCUGCGGCAGCGCUGGUGCAGGCCGCGGACGAGGUGUGGGGCCGGCCCUGGGAGCUGUGGCUGCGCGAGGUGACGCGCUUCGCCCAGAGCGUGGCCGUGCAAGUGUCGGUGUUCUCCGUGCUGCUGGUGGCGCUGGACCGCCACAAGGCCGUGCUCUCGCCGCUGCACUACCACCGCAUGGCCACUCGCCAGCGCUCCACCAUCCUCAUCGUGUCCAACUGGCUGGUCACGCCGCUCAUGACGCUUCUCUUCCAGACCAGGCUCGUCCCCUACUCGCAGUGGAUCCACUUCGCCAUAGGCUUCGCGCUCCCGCUCUACAUCAUCGUCUACAUGUACAUUCAAAUGUCGCUGGCGGCGCACCAAAACAGCAAGCGCACCCGUCGCCACAGCGUGUGCACGUCCACGCAGAGCGCCAACGGCGGCCAGAUGUCUCUGGACGCGGGGUCCGGGUCGCGGGGCGGCUCCCUGGACCUCAGCCUGCCGCCCUUCAACACCGGCACGCCCGAGCACAAGGGGGAGGUCCCCCGUCGGCCGGGGCGCAACCCACCCCUGGGCUCCAUCGUGCUCAACAACAAGCGGCGCUGCUCCAACGCGAGCUUCUCGACGCUGCUGCUGCGAGAGGAGGGCCGCGCCGUCAAGACGGCCCUCUUCGUGGUGGGCGCGUACCUCACCUGCUGGACGCCCUACUUUGUGUUCGUGGUGCUGCAGCGGCAGACGCCCGCCAUCGUGCUGCUGCUGGCGCACGUCAACUCGUGCGUCUCGCCCUGGAUCUACGUGCUGCGCAACGAGGAGGUGCGGCUCGAGGCCAAGAAGCUCGUGGCGCGCCUGCUGCACCUCAACAUCCCCCGGGCGCCGCAGGACAGCCCCGGGCACGGCCACAGCUACGGCCGGUCUGACUCGUGCUACAGUAAAUCGAUGGAGGCCUCAUCCCACCCAGCCCACCCGCUCCGGCAGCAGUCGUCGCACUGUGACAGCAUGUCGGUGCAAAGCUUCCACCUGCCCACGGCGGCGGGAGUGAGCGUCGACCUCGGCGGCCCGCUGGGGGCGUUGGGCCCCGCGGGGCUGUCCGGCUACCACGGCCCCUCCGCGCUGGGCGCGCUGGGCCCCGUGGGCACGGACACGCCCCUCACCGCGGACAGUCUGUGCAGCGCGGGCGAGUCCCCGGGGCCCAUGACGGGCAGCAAUGGCGGUGGCAGCGGCCUGGUCAGGCUGGCCUACAAGUACCCCGCGCAGUACAACCAAUACAACUUGCAGCGCGGCCGCUCGCAGACCUGCAUACGGCAGAACUCGGACUCGUCCUCGGGCAGCGGCCGCCCACUGCUUCAGUCCGACCAGCUACAGCAGGAUAAGGGUCGGAGCGGGCGCCGACGCCUGGGCAGCUCCGGGGCCUCCGGGGACAGCGGCAGCGACCAGGAGACGCCGCGGCACGUUAACGCCACCGGCCACCUCGACGACGACGGCUCGCCGCCGCCGCUCACGCCUCUCGACCGGGAGCGCGACAGCCUCGCGGCGUCCCGGAGGCGCCUGCUGCACCGGGACAGCCUGGAGGAGGAGGACGAGGACCAGCUGUCGCCCUCGCAAGAGGCGCCCGCGCCGCCCCCGGCCAUCGCCGCGGCGCUGCGCCGGCUGUCGGCCCAUCACCACCACGCCCCGCCGCCCACGCCGCCACGCCGCUCCAGCCUCUGCAGCAGCAGCACCUGCAGGCGCAGCUCGCUCAAGAUGGAUGGCAACAUAUUUCAGUUCGACAACAUCAUCGUGGACGGCGGCUACACAGUGACAUCCCUCUCGGCCGGCUUGUCGUCGGCGAGCAUCGAGCAGGCUGACAACAGCACAGUCAGCGGUGACAGCGGGAUUUGCAUCGUGUCCGGUGCGGCGGCCGGCGGCCCCGAGUGCUUGUCCAUGUUGGCUGGGGCCGCGAGCUGCGCCAGCGCGCCGGCCCCGGGCGCCACAUCGGUCCUGAGGCCGCCGCCACCACCGAGAAAUAAACUGAAGCGGAUCGAGGCGGUCGAAGAGUCGGUCUGCGACACCACCUUCUCCACGUGCGGCAACGGGCACGCGCCUGCGCAGCAGCACUUCCAGCUCUGGGCCAUGGGCGAGUACUCUCCUGCGCCGCCACCCGCCCCACCUGCGCCUCCCACAGCCGCGGCCCCACAGCACUGCGCACAGGCGGUCUCGAGUAGGAUGCACAAGAUGGCAGAUAUUCGAAAUCUUGUGAAAACCAGCCUCCAUCGCCCAGCUUUCCGCAUACCAAAGGCUGACUUUUGAUCUGGGUGGUAAACAACUUAAGUCACGUCGGGUAUACUGUUUUUUCUUCUUUAUUUUCUUAAAUGCCUUACUUAGCUCCCUCCUCCCUCAACCUAGUACCCUCCUUUAUCCACUACUCAUCUCACCCACAAUGCUCCUUGUUUUCUCUACCUGUGUAACAGUUGAAUUGUCCGGAAAUAUGAGUUUAUUAGCAAUAUGCUUCCAGAAUGCUUCGUUGACAGUUCACUGGUUUUGGGACCAAAAUGCUGUGGGUUUUCCCCUUAGAACAAUGAUUAUUGCUAUACUCCAGUCUUGCAAUUAAAUACUUAUUUCGAACUAUCACACACACGUUGUGUUCACAUAGGGCUUACUAUUAAUUCCACUGGACAGUAAAAAAUGUGUAUACAAUCCAGCAUCAAGACCAUGCCAAGAGUAUAGUAACACGUAACACGAAAAUCUAAAACUUUUAGUUUUGAAGAGAAACAUUUUGUCCAUGUUUAGUUUAGAAUUUUUCCGUAUCAUAUUCCUUAUCCAAAGUCAUUGUUUAAUGGAGCAGUUUUCUUCUAUAGUCUGGUAUUUUUCAAAAUCUUAAUCUGUCUCUCCGUCCUUAUUUUUUGUCAACCACUUCAACCUUAAAUAUAUCAGCCAGUCUCAAAACUUUGCAAGUGUUUAUGUUGUUCUCUAAGCUUUUCUACGAUACUAGGAAUCUUAAUAUGACCUUUGAGCAGUGUUUGAGGUAGUCCAAAGUGGGGGCAAGUAAUUAAUUUUGUUCAAUAAUUGUGAUCAAAAAUUAGAAUAUUUUGAAAUGUGUAAUCAGAAACAUAAAUAAAUGUGAUAUAUUUUGUGUUUUGCAAUAAGACAAAAACAGAUGGAUAUCGCUGGAUCGGUGCCUCUGUAGAGUACAUAUACAUAAAAUAGGGUACAUAAAAUCUAUCUUGAAUUUGCCAAACAAAUUGAGCAUACAAUAAUUUAAAUGUCUCUUGAAUGUAUAUACUACAUAUAAAUGUAGAGUAAGUAUUUAAUAUUAAGUAUUUAAAAUUCGUGUAAAAUACACUUAUUAUUUUAUUGAAUCCCUUACAUCCUUAAAAGUUUCUAUAACAUGUAUGCAACAUGUAGAUAGGUACGCACUUGUGUUUCUUAUGAUUCUGCCUGUUGGCUGCUGUUCCUUCUCUAAGUUUUGUUCAGUGAACCAUAGGGGCCCUUGACGCCUGACUCAAGGCAUUUUUGCAAAUAGAAAUCGAACUCAAUUUUAGCAGCUUUGGUUUCUGGUAACUCAUCCUUGACUGUCCUCUUUUAUCUUUAUUUCUCCCAUGAACAAUCCAAAAAGUUCUACUUUGUCUCCUGUCUGCUUUCCCAAGUUACAGAGAUUAGUCAAGAAUACAUCAAAUUGACAUAAUAUUGACCUAAUUUUUAUCAAACAGGUCACAGCAGCCACAAUGUGACAUGGAAUGGACAAAUUAUUGACCAAGACUAAAAACUGACAAAUUUUUGACUGUUUUGCACAAUGAUAGAAACUGUAAUGUUUACGUCAUUUACGAUAUCAGCUAAUGUAAACAUGGGUUUAAAUUAAACCACUAGGAGUACGUAAGCCAAUGCUAUUCAGAUCCAUAUGUGGCUCAUGGGUUAGCAAGUCACUGCUGGGAUUGAAAGGUCGUGGGUUCGAAUCCCACUUGCAGAUAACAUUUCAUGUCAAAUUCUGGCGGUGCAAAGCUGAGAGAGUAGAUAGAGACAAUCAAGCAGAGUGCGUCAAGGGCCGGCAAAAGGGCCAGCAAUAUUAUUUGCUUAAAAAUUCCGUCUUAUCACUAUGAUGUCAUUUUGACAUCAAAAAAUGGUCAUGUUCUUCAAUGGAAAAAACGUCAUAGUGACUAAAAUAAAAUUGAUCAAAAUUUGAUGUCAUAUUGACGUAUUGAUGACAAAUCUCUGCUACUUGGGUUUGAUAUUGUACUCUCAAAACGAUUAAACAUACUCAAAAAUACAGCUUGUUUUCUAUCACAAUCGGCGGCGCAGCGGCGGCGGCAGUAGCAGCAAAAGUAAAGUAAAUGUCUUCGGUGACCUGAUUUUGUUAUGCUGUUAGAGUGCUUUGACUGAUUGUUCUGAAGUAAGUAGAUAUGUAUGACACCUGAGUAAGAUUUCGUUGUAGAGUAAAUAUGUUAUAAUUUUGUGAUGAAAAAUGAAUGAAAUGUGGUUUUAGGAUGAAAUCCAUGGUUUUGAUAUAAAUUGAACUUGAUUUGAGAUUGUGAAGUACCUCAGAUUACGAAUGAGAAAGUGUGAGAAACAUACAAAAUCAAUAUACCUACCUAUGUUUGUUUUACAAGUAUGUAAUCCGGCGAGGUAUGAUUACCUUCAAAACAGCAUAUAUUUUUAAAUGUAUAGUAUGUGUAGCACAGAAGAGACAUAAUAAUUAUUCAAGUGCUUGCCCAAUGAAAAGAAAAAUGCUGUUAAAAAUUUUGUGCCAACAAUAAAACUUUGGAUUUCGUA